AUGAGAGUUUCUCAGUUGAAAAAGGUAAAGACAGCCCUUAAUAAUCUUAACUUGGAAAUUCAAGUUAUUAGUGAUAGAUGUAAUAAUUAUGAUGGAGAUGAUUGUAACAUUACAAGAGCAUUGAAUAUUACUGGUGAAUUUAUGUAUUUUAGUUUUGACAAUGGUGAUUUAGCUGACAAGUAUGGAAUUCCAACUGAAUCCUAUGGAAUGUCAUUCAGUGAUGCUUCCCCUAGAAAGCCAUAUUAUGGUAAAUAUGCUGUGUUCAACAAAGCUACUUCUUCAAACUUUAAUACAAAUAGUCCAACAUGGGUAACUUUUGGUACUGGUAAAUCUCUUUCACUGUGGCUUAGAAAGUUAACUAAUACGGAUUCAGGUGUUGUUUGGAGCUUUCUAAUGAGCCAACCUCCUUUAUUUCAACACAUGGGAAGUAAUGGUUUAGCUUCAAGUGAUAAUCUUGAAUUUUAUUGGAAAACAUCAUCAACAUUACCAAUAAGGUUUUAUUCUUCAUCCAAAUUGUUAGACAAUGAAUGGCAUCAUCUUGCUGUUGUUUGCAAGGCAACUGGAGUUGAUAUUUAUAUUGAUGGAGUUUUAGACAAUUCCAGUUCAUCAACUUUUGAUCCAGUAACAAGUAAUAUUAAGUUUGGCGGCCUCCAAGGUAUCAACUCUGCUUUUUUCAGUGGUCACAUGGACGAAAUUAGAAUGUUCAAUGUUGAAUUAACAGCUGCCCAAAUCCAACAAAUUUAUAAUUAUUAA